AUGUAUGUAUGUGAUUGUGGCCUACAGGAUUUUGGCUAUUCAAGUUAUCAGUACACCUGGCAGCGCUCCAUGGGGGCGCCAAAUAUAAUUGAGGAGAAGUUGGACAGGGUUUUGGUGUCUGAAACGUGGCUGGAGUUGUAUGAUGGGGCCACGGCAACCUCAAUGCCAUGCCCAUAUAGUGAUCAUCUUCCGAUUAUGCUUAGUCCUAUUGUGGUCAGUCAACCACUGCGCUGGAGAAGGUUCACUUUUGAUAAUAUGUGGCUUCGUGAAGACGUUUUCCCUGAGGUGGUGGAGCAAAGUUGGAGCAAGUCGAUAGGUCAUGAUAUCAUCCAAAGGAUAGAAAUGUGCAGUCACGAUGUGGAGCGUUGGGGCGCACGUAUAAUAGACAGUUCCAGCUGCGAAUUGAGCGUUGUAAACGACGUCUUGAGGCGCUGCAAAGCUGUAGUGACCUAG